CAUUGAACGGUAUUACGAACGCACCUGCCUUUCGUACGGGGCACAUGGUUUUAUUGAAAUUAUUUGAUCGUAAAUGUGAUACGCUAUCAAAAACAGGACCAAGAAAAGUUAAAAAUGAAUGUAAUUGGAUGUAAAUAAUACCAAAUACUACCAAUUCGGAUCGUCGAAUCGCGGGGUUCUUGCACGCGACUACAAGUUUGACAGUACGUGGUAAGGGUGGGGGCCACAGUGCGCGGCCAUAUUGGCUACUUGUGACUUUUGGGAGGCAGUGAGUAAAAAAUAACCCAACUUUUCUCGUUUCUACGUGAAAAAAAUGUUACCCUCGAGAAUUUUUCAUUAAUUUUACACGUUGGUCUUAUCAGCGCAAACACGAUUACGGUGAAAGGUGUGAUCGUUUGUACAAGGUCAUCCUUUUUUACGAAAAAUGAGUUUCUUUGGGUUCGGUCAGUCGGCUGACAUUGAGAUUACUUUGGAUGGUGCAGAGACCAGGAAGACUGCAGACAUCAAAUCUGAAGAUGGCAAAAAAGAGCGCCACUUGUUAUAUUAUGACGGAGAAACUGUGUCAGGAAAGAUUAAUAUUAGUCUCAGAAAAGCUGGUAAAUUGGAGCAUCAGGGUGUUAAAGUAGAAUUUAUUGGACAGAUUGAAUUGUAUUAUGAUAGAGGAAAUCGUCAUGAAUUUGUAAGCCUAGUUAAAGAGUUAGCCAGGCCAGGAGAAUUAACGCAUAACACUGUCUAUACUUUUGAAUUUGCAAAUGUAGAAAAAUCAUUUGAAAGCUACACAGGAUCUAAUGUGCGGCUAAGAUAUUUUCUGAAAGUGACAAUUGUUCGAAGACUUAGUGAUAUUGUUAAAGAACUUGAAUUAGUUGUGCAUACUCUUAGUUCCUAUCCAGAUAUGAACAAUCCUAUUAAAAUGGAAGUGGGAAUUGAAGACUGUUUGCAUAUCGAAUUCGAGUAUAACAAAAGCAAAUAUCACUUAAAAGAUGUCAUUGUUGGGAAAAUAUAUUUCCUUUUGGUUAGAAUAAAAAUCAAACACAUGGAAAUUGCCAUAAUAAAACGAGAGACGACUGGUUCUGGUCCGCAUACAUUUACGGAGAAUGAUACUAUAGCAAAAUAUGAAAUAAUGGACGGUGCGCCAGUUCGCGGUGAAUCGAUUCCAAUAAGAGUGUUCUUAGCGGGAUAUGACUUGGCACCUACGAUGCGUGAUAUUAAUAAAAAAUUCAGUGUUAGAUACCACCUUAAUUUAGUCCUUAUGGAUGAGGAAGAUCGUAGAUACUUUAAGCAACAAGAAAUAACGCUCUGGAGAAAAGGCGAUAAGAGUAGAAAAUCUCAAACCGCUUCACCACAUAUGCCAUCGCACUUAGUAUCGGCAGAAACGGGAUUUCCGCAAGGAGCUGCUCAAAAUGGUCCGCCAUCCGUACAAUCGUCUGUACCAUCAGGACAACUGCCAUCCAGUAAUAUUACCAAUGUAGAAGAUACACCAGCUCCAAUAGAAGGCAUGACACGCGAAGAAGGAGAUGGUGAAGGUGAAAAAGAAGUAAAUCUUGAAAGUAACUGAAUUUUUGCAUAUGAGACAGUUAUUGAAGACAAUGGAAGUCUAACUAGUUCAGAGAAUCAGUAACAACAUUGGGAAAUAUCACGCGGAACUAGUAGUAUCGAACAGAAUUUCUCUUGUACUGUGAAGGGAAAUCGAGUUUUAAGAACAGGGGCGGAAUCGUUACACCUGCGAGCAAAGUUGUAAAUAUUUUGGAUACCUAUAAAGAAUGCAGGUGGAUAAAUUGAAUAAGUAGCCAAUUAUCGAUCAAAAUUUCAAAUUAUUGAGAUCUAUAGGUAAUAUACUACGUCGCCUGAUGGGACGGACCUAAAAUGAAUUUAAAAAAGGUAAUAUUACUGAAAAGAAUGAUGCAGCCACAUAAGAUGAAUAAUCGUAAAUGGACAAUUUAAUAAUCGAGUAUUAAUCAGUGGUAUAUUCUCGAAUGGCAUCUGAAUGUUACAGUGUUCUGAAUAUUUUAUACAAACUUAUUCUGUGUUAUGCAAAUGAUGCCUUCAACCACUAGAUUUUUCUUGAAAUUCGAAGUCACUUGUAUGGCAACUUAAUGUCAUAUAAAAAUUUUAUAAAUCUGAGAUGAAUAUACGUAUACUCACAAUGGCUGUCUUAUUUUAAUCCACUCAUCUAGUCUACAAUUGAUAUAAUAAAGGCAAUUUAAAGGCAUGCUUCGAUGUACAUACUAUUAAAAUAAUUUAUGAAAAAGUGUGGUUUUCUAUAAAAAUUUGUAUUAAUAUUUGCACAGCAUGUAAUAAUAUAAUAAUCAAUAGUUCUGUAACAGGCUCUAGCAAUAUUGUACAUAUAUAAAUUACUAAAUUGUAUAUGCCGAUUAAUUUUUCAAUUACAUUUUUAUGUCUUAGUAUGUCUGCUCAAUUUUAACAUGCCUUUAUUAAUAUGAGAGUGGACUAUGAUAGAUUAAAAAAUAGGAUGGCCCCCACUUGUAUUUAUAGAUAUAUACAUACAUAUUACAAUAUGUGUGUGAAUAUAUAUAUACAUAUAUAUACGUAUAUGGGUGUGUAUAUAUAUAUAUGUACCUACACAUAGAUGUGUGUAUAUAUAUGUAUAUACACAUAUACAUAUGCAUAUAUAUGAUUUUUAAUGAUAAACAGUGCAGUAGCUACAGACUGGGUCAUAUAUAUAUAUACACACACACACACAAAUAUCAACAUCUAUUAUAACAAUACUGAAACCAGUAAUGAACUAAUAAAAUGUGUUCUUCUAUCAAGGUAGUAUCAUGAUUACUACCAAGAUGGAAGUAAUGUCGAACGAAAGAGAAUAUCCAUCGUUUUGUAUGAUUCUAUGUUAACAUGGGUCGACUGCGAAAAUCUUGUUAUAAAAGUGCAUAAUAGUCAACCACGUGUAUUUCGAGAAGUUUGUUUUGUGUAAAUUAAAAUUUUCAUACUUCACACUUUUGUUAUUUGUUAACAAGAAAGAUACAUGUGUACAAGAGAGAGAAAAACAAAAACUAUUUGUGAAUUAUUUGACAUGUCAAAUAUUGUAUAUACAUAUACAUAUUGUCAUACGAUAUGAAGCUAGUUGUAUAUUUUAAUGCCCACAUAAGUAUAUUAUAUAUUGUAUACAGUGUGCCUUUGUGUACACGUAUAUUGAAAAAAGAUUACUUCGUUUAUACAUACACCCUUCCUACUAUUAUACGUAACCGAUACAGUGCAGCAAAUUUUUGUUAUUAUUGUCUAUAAGUUGCUUUUUAUGUAGAAAAUUUCAGAAUAACAAAAAUCAUGCAGUCGAAUAUCAUUAAUUUUAUGACGAUUUAUAUAAGAUGGAAUUAACUAAUGGACUAGAAUUUUAUAACAACGAUUAAAUAUCGAUUUAAAUGUCCCUAGUUCCCCAAAACAGUUCCUUAAUUAAUAUAAACAUAGUUUGUUUCAUUUAUCGAAUAUUUGGUGACACAGAUUCCUGCCACAUAAGGGGAGUCUUAAAUUCAAUCAUAUUUCUUUCAUUACGGUACACUCUCUAGUACCAUAUGGACAAAAGAGAGGAUGGUGCUAUUUAAACUGUAUUAUAAAUUAUCAGUAUAAUGAACAGAUCACAAUGUAUUAAAUACGUAUCCUUGCAUUUUAAUACGUUUGUGUACAUGUAAUUAAAAUAAAAUAUGUACAAUAUUAGUAACAUAUAUCAGAAUUUAUUCACAAAAUAAUACGAUAAUUAUUCUAUGCAAAUUUCUCUACAAAGAAAAUGAACAGAGAAAUUGCAUAA